CAAUGAGCUUUUAGGACGUAGAUGCUAAGCUUAUAAAUGACAAGGUGACAGUUUAACUCAUUCUGCCUUCGCUGACUGCAGCUGUGCAACAGAGCAUCUAUUAGCGGACCCUCCGAAAUCCCUAUCCAGCCGAAAGCAAAAAUAUCCUUCAGUUAAUGGUGUCUCAAAGUGGGCGCAGUUGUAUGUGGAUUACUAUCAGUUUGUCUGGAGCUGAUCCUUGGAGUAAGCGUUCAAAUUGGAUUAACCUAUUGGAUGAGCUGCAACUAGGAACAGGUUCCAGCCAUGUAUGCCUGCACCAAGUUCAUCACUUCUCCAGCUGUGCUGCGUGGGGGGUCCAGAGUCCUGGCCCGGCCAGUCUCAGGCUUCCUCUUCAACAGACCUGAACCCACAGCGGAGCAACAGGCCCUGUUUCCAGUCAACCAGUCUGCAGUUCUGACCCGCUCCUUCCAGACGAGUGCUGUUUCCCGGGACAUUGACACUGCUGCCAAAUUCAUUGGUGCUGGUGCUGCUACAGUUGGUGUGGCUGGUUCAGGAGCUGGAAUUGGAACCGUGUUCGGCAGCCUUAUCAUUGGCUAUGCCAGGAACCCCUCCCUGAAGCAGCAGCUUUUCUCCUACGCCAUCCUGGGCUUCGCCCUGUCUGAGGCUAUGGGGCUCUUCUGUCUGAUGGUGGCAUUCCUCAUUUUGUUUGCCAUGUAAACUUGGAAAUGCACCCCGUAACUCCUUCAAUUCCAAUCCCUCGUUCUCUCCUUCCUUGCUCCCUUUUCACUACCUUCCUUCCAUGUGGAAGAGGGGUUUCUCAGAACAGGAACUCUGAACAAGCUGAUGGGCCAUUCCAAUCAACAGGAAAACAAAUUAAAGGAAGAUGCAUCUGAUAUUAAACUUCAAAUCCUACAUUUUUGUUUCUACACUUGUAUUUGUUUCUGAUAUGAGACUUAAUUUCAGUUUUUGGGGUGGGGGUCUGUCCAAAAUAAAUGUGUUUACUCUAGUAUU